AUGGCGAAUGCUCGUCGUCUGGUUCAACUUCUCUUCGUUGUCUCCAUCUUCCACGUCUCCUUUGCUGGGAGACAACUCACUGAGUUAGUCAGCGACGCGUCUAACCUUUUGCAAUACCACAACGGUGCUCUUCUCACCGGAGAUAUCUCCGUCAAUUUCAUCUGGUACGGCAACUUCAAACCGUCGCAGAAAGCCAUCGUCUCCGAUUUCAUCACCUCACUCUCCUCCGGAUCCGGAGUUUCUCCAAAAUCUCAGAUCGAACCAUCCGUCGCCACGUGGUGGAAGACCACCGAGAAAUAUCAGAUGAAAUCAAAAAAGCAACGUUCACUUACACUCCGACUCGUUGAUGGGUUUUGCUCCAGCAGAUGCGGGACCCACGGAUCCUCGUCAUCAUCUUCGAAGAUUCCCAAUGGGAAAGGAAAGAAUAACAAAUUUGCGUACAUCUGGGUUGGAAACUCGGAGACUCAGUGUGCGGGUCAAUGCGCGUGGCCAUUCCACCAGCCGAUCUACGGACCACAGGCUGCACCGCUGGUGGCACCUAACAACGAUGUCGGUCUCGACGGAAUGGUCAUUAAUUUGGCCGGUUUGUUGGCGGCUACAGCCACCAACCCAUUUGGAAACGGGUAUUAUCAGGGGGAUGCAAGUGCACCGUUAGAAGCUGCAUCCGCAUGUCCUGGUGUGUAUGCUAAAGGAGCUUAUCCUGGGUACGCAGGGGAUUUGUUGGUGGACUCGACAACAGGUGCAAGUUAUAAUGCACAUGGUACAAACGGCAGAAAAUACCUGCUUCCAGCCUUAUACGAUCCAUCGUCCUCAACUUGUUCCACAUUGGUUUAA